AUGUCCCCGGAAUUAAACUUAUCUCCUAGAGUCGACCACCAUCUAUUCCUAGAUGUCACACAGUCUUUAGAGCUAAGACAGCAAUCAGAAGAAGUGGCUGCCAUAGCAGCCGCAGUUCGCGGCAUUCUGCAUCAAAUCGGCGAGAAUCCAGAUCGUGAGGGUCUUAUGAAGACACCUGAUCGAUACGCUAAAGCACUUCUGUUCUUUACCAAAGGGUACUCCGAAAAGGUAGAGGAAGUUGUUAGUGACGCUAUUUUUAGUGUCGAUACUCGUGAUCUCGUUGUCGUACGCGAUAUCGAUAUAUUUAGCAUGUGUGAGCAUCAUAUGGUGCCGUUCGUUGGAAAGAUGCAUGUUGGGUACAUUCCGAACGGCCGGGUGCUUGGAUUGUCAAAGCUGGCACGAAUCGCCGAGAUUUUCGCGCGCAGAUUGCAGGUUCAGGAACGUUUGACGAGGCAGAUUGCAGAAGCGAUAGAUGAGGUAUUGAGUCCACUAGGAGUUGCGGUGGUCAUGGAGUGUACGCAUAUGUGCAUGGUGAUGAGGGGUGUAGAGAAAACGGGGACCUUGACGUCUACCCAGAGUAUGCUGGGUUCGCUGAAAGGUAAUGAGAAGGAACAACACCAAUUUUACACUCUACUUGGCCUGGGAAAGAAAAUUUAG